GAGCUACAGUGGGCAGUAUCCAGCUGCAGAAGACGAGCAUCCUGACCUGCCAACAUGAACACUUCCCUCCAGACACUCCUGCUUGGAUGCCUUGGGCUAGUGCUGCCGGCUGCUCUUACGGAGCCGGUGAGAUGGUGUGCGAUAUCUGUACUGGAGAAAGAAAAGUGUGACAAUCUGACGUCCAUCUUCACAAACCUCAACUGUGUGAAGAGGGAGGGAUCCGUCGCCUGCAUCACAGCUAUCAAAGAUGAAGAAGCAGAUGCCGUCACCUUGGAUGGAGGUGAUAUCUACAAAGCUGGUCUCCCCGACUACGACCUGCACCCGAUCAUUGCCGAGGAAUACGGAGAAAACUCCGACACCUGCUACUUCGCUGUGGCUGUGGUGAAGAGGGACAGUGGUUUUGGGUUUAAUGAGCUGAAGGGGAAAAAAUCCUGUCACACUGGCUUGGGGAAGUCUGCCGGCUGGAACAUCCCCAUCGGUACCCUGUUGGCACAGGGCCAAAUUCUGUGGAACUCCACUCAAGGACAGACCAUCGAGAGUGCCGUGUCGGACUUCUUCUCUGCGAGCUGUGUGCCCGGAGCGGAACAGGGCUCCCGCCUGUGCAGUCUGUGCAAAGGAGACUGCUCCCGCUCACAGAGAGAGCCCUACUACGGCUACGACGGAGCCUUCAAUUGCCUGAAAGACGGGAGGGGUGAGGUGGCCUUUGUAAAGCACACCACAGUGCCAGAGGCGGAGAGAGCAGACUACCAGCUGCUGUGCAGGGACGGGAGCAGGAGGGAUGUGAGCGACUACGCCUCCUGCCACCUGGCCAGGGUGCCCGCCCACGCCGUCGUCAGCCGCAAGGACGCCGCGCUGGCCAACGAUAUCUGGAACAUCAUCGGACAGGCCACGGAAGGUUCUCCGCUGUUCUCAUCUGUGGGCUCCAAGAAUCUGCUAUUCAAAGACUCUACCGUUGGCCUGCGUAAGCUGCCCAGAUCUACAGACUCCUUCACGUACCUCGGCGCUGAGUACCUGAGCAUCGUCCGCGCGAUCAGUGGAGACACAGGCUCUUCAGCAGUGACAUGGUGUGCAGUGGGCCCUGCAGAGAAGCAGAAGUGUGAGCAGUGGAGAACAGAAGCAGGGGGCAUGCUGCAGUGCAAAAGCGCUGCCUCUGUGGACGAGUGCAUACGGAACAUUCUGCGCAGAGAGGCAGACGCCAUGACGAUGGACGGAGGGGACAUAUAUUCUGCCGGAGGGUGUGGCCUGGUGCCCGUCAUGGCAGAGCAGUACAACGCAGAUGAUUGCGCUUCAGGAGGAGAGGCCUCCGCAGAGACCUCCUCCUACUACGCGGUGGCGGUCGUGCGGAAGGGGUCAGGGCUCAGGUGGGACGGGCUCAUGGGGAGGAAGUCGUGCCACACCGGAUUCGGGCGCACCGCCGGCUGGAACGUGCCCAUGGGCCUGAUUCACAACCUCACCGGAGAGUGCGACUUCUCGAAGUUCUUCUCCCAGAGCUGUGCCCCUGGUGCGGAGUCCGGGUCCUCCCUCUGCGCUCUGUGCGCGGGAGAGGGGUGCCAGGCCAACAGUGAGGAGCCGUACUUCGGCUACGCUGGGGCCUUCAGGUGUCUGGUGGAGGAGCGUGGAGAGGUUGCCUUUGUGAAACACACCACAGUACUGGAAAACACAGAUGGACAAGGUGCCCCCUGGGCCUCUGGACUUAAUUCUAGUCACUAUGAGCUACUGUGCCCCACUGGCCCGCCCACUGCCCCCAUCACUAAAUACCUCAACUGUCACCUGGCCAAAGUCCCCGCCCAUGCUGUGAUGACCCGUCCUGAGAGGAGAGAACAUGUGAUCGUAUUCCUGAAUGAGCAGCAGGCCAAUUUUGGGACCAAUAGCUUAGCUGCCUUCAAGCUGUUCCAGUCAGAGGGGUCAGGCAACCUCCUGUUCAAGAGGUCCACAAAAUGCCUGCAGACGGUGCCGGUUGGACAGAACUACCGCAGCUUCCUGGGGGAGGAGUACUUUGCCUCUGUGACCUCCCUCAGAAAGUGUGACAGCACCACAUCCGAACUGGAUCAAGCCUGCACCUUCCACACGUGCCAGCAGAGGGCAUAAGAGACGUAUGGGAGCACCUUUGAUGAAUACCUACAGCAAUGCAUUUUCCUCCUUUUCUUUCCACCGCUGUUUUCUAUCUGAACAGUAU